AUGAAGGAUUGGGCGUUCGGCCAGCUGCAUUUGGCGUGUUAUGACCAGGCCAAGCAGCUCGUGCUGGGAACAGGCAUGAUGGGCGACAACAUACUCACACACUUUCUCUCCAGCUUCAUUGCUGGAGGCUGUGCUACAUUCUUGUGUCAACCUCUGGAUGUACUAAAGACGAGGCUGAUGAACUCAAAGGGAGAGUACACAGGGGUGACUCAUUGCUUACGAGAAACUGCCAAGCUGGGUCCGCUGGCGUUUUACAAGGGUCUCGUCCCCGCAGGGAUCCGCUUGAUUCCUCACACAGUGCUCACCUUCAUCUUCCUUGAGCAGCUGAAGAAGUACUUUGGCAUUCGCGUCAUCUCCUGAGCAUGCUCGGUGACUGGCCGCUCUCCAAACCAUCCACCGACACUGCCACACACAUCACCCCGUGAAGGGGGCAGAAAGGGAAUCAUGUACAGUUUACUAUGGGCUCGUGCAUGUUUCCGUUCGCUCUACCUCUGUCUCACAACUACAGACGAAAUGAUUUUGAUAAUUUUAUAUAUAUAUAUAUAUAUAUAUAUAUAUAUAUAAAUUAUCAAAAUAAUCUUUUUUUUUUUUUUUUUUAGGGCAUUAGUACACCAACUUCUGGAAGGGGCAACUACUAGAAUUAACAGACAGAAAUGCUUAAUAUAAGUGGUGUAACUGGGUUAUUAGAAUGACCAUGACAUUUAGAGAGUUUAAAAUUAGCUCUAGCAGAUGUUUACUGUAGUUGUCCAGUAUAAUUUCAGGUACGAUGAGUUACAGGAUGAGACGUACUGAUAGAAGGAGCACUUCAACACUUGUCAUGUUGAUGACCGUCUAAAUAUUGGUUUGAACUAAUUCCAGAUCAGAUAUUGGGAUUUAUGUUUUAAUCUCAGCAGUAAUUAAACCCAGUUCAGCAGUGGUGUUCGGUGCCUUCAGUGCCCACACCAGUGUUUUUGAUUAUGGCUUAAAAAGGUUUGUGCCAGGAAUGUGAUUCCUGUUACUUUAUUGGUGUCAUAUUAGGCCAAGACUGAGUUUAUGAUUUAGCAGAGGUUCAAUGGGGGUUCUGAUGAUCUAUAAAUUUUCCCAAAAUCCAUUACUAACACAUGACUGCACAAACCGUUAUGCAAAUGCAUAGUAAUCAUUCCCAACAGUGGUGACCAAGUGUGAGGCACCCUGAAUUUACCAGAGUUGAUUUAUUUGUUUUUUGUUUCUUCACUAAAUUAAUGUUUUAGAGCUGGAAAUCAACUACUAGCAGGUUAGCAUGUAACAUGCAACUUUUACCUGAUUCUCCUUUACAUCAUUCCGAUCCUCUGUCAUCAUAUCGAGAAGAGGACCAAGCUUGUUUGUCUGCUGUUUUUAAGUAAAUGGGAGUUUGUGUGGAAACUGUGAAGCAGGGAGAGCACAUUUGGCAGUGGGUCUUUUUUUCCAGUCAUAGUGAAAUUCUGUAUGACCACUUGUUCUUACUGUUUGAAUAGAGAUGCCUGUUGAGAAGCCUAAAGAGAACUGCUCUACUGUACAAGUGUACAUGUAGCAUUUCCAUCUGUGAUGGGAUCAUUUAGCUGAAUGCAUGUCUGACUUUAUGACUCAGGAUGCUACUCUGUUUUAUAAGGCACUUUAUUAAAAUCGCUGGACUCAUACUGACUAACCUGCUGUGUAGAAACACAUGCUCCAUACUAAAGCGUGUUCUAAAAGUAAAAAUGGAAAUGUUUUCAGAUGUUGUCAGUGGUUCCAACUGAGGGCAAUCUGAUGUUUUGUGACUCUUUUCAGUUACAAUAAGUUUGACCUUUGUUCAGUGAUAAAAUGAAAUCUGUGUUUCCUCUGUUGGCAGACACCUUGUCAAGUCAUGUUGCCUUACAGUAUGUGUCCUCCAGGGGGCAGUUUAGUAGCGUGUGAAUAAUGUUGAUACCUUCAUCCUAGUGUACAUUUAAAAAGAGACACAAACAGGGAGCAACCUCAGAUAGACUGUCUAUAUCUGCACAUUCUUAUGUUCAUGCUUUCCUCAACAAUGUGAGGUACUGUAGAUCAGCCACAGUAAGUAACAAAUGAAACUGGAGGGACCCAAAGCUCUGGGUGUUGCAAAUUUGCAUUUUGUAGAUCACGAACUAAUGAUACAUAAAAUUAAAAUACUAAUGUGAAAAUACAA